GCUUGCUGCUGAAUGAACUGAAUCAGCCUCAGACUGUCUGAAUAGUACAAGCUUUUUCAUCUCUCUAUCCUCCCAUUUUUUUCUGCCCUCUCUCCAUCUCUCUUGCUGUUUCUCCUCCUCCCUCUGAUGAGCUGCCUCGUCAUGCCAUCCAUUUAUAUCUCCAGCAUUCCAAGAAAAGAGGGACAAGCACAGAUCGGCCUGGACAUCAAAAAGCAAUAGAUCAUGCUGCCUACAACAUCCAUGGAUAUCUACUCCUGAGAUGAGAUUGUCUGCCAUUUUUCCUGUUUCAUCUCCAUCACUCAACCUUUCCCAAGGCAAAGGGAGUGAAAAAAAACAACAGCAUCGGCCAUCAUUUCUUGAGAGGAACUUUGGGAUUCAUUAGCUAAGUGAGGAAAGAAUUUUGUAAUAUUGCUGCUCUAUUUUUCUGCUCACUUUUUCCUCUUCUCCUCCUUGUCUACUGGCGAGGGAGCCGGUAGAAGUCUGCCAAGACGCCGCGUGCCGUGCUCCGCGUGAAGAAUGCCCAGGCGCGCCUGCCCAAGCCAUCGGAAGCGGCGCCCACGCCCGCCUCUGGACUCUACAUGGAGCGCUCACAGAGUCGAAUCAGUUUGUCAGCUUCAUUUGAGGCUCUUGCAAUCUAUUUCCCCUGCAUGAACUCCUUUGAUGAGGAUGAUGGCGAGACAGAGGGACGGAAAUUGAAGGGCAUCCAGAGGAGCACAGAGACAGGAUUAGCUGUAGAGAUGCCCAGUCGCACAGUUCGCCAGGCCAGCCAUGAAUCUAUAGAAGACAGUAUGAACAGCUAUGGAUCUGAAGGAAAUCUAAAUUAUAGUGGAGUGUGCUUGGCUUCAGAUGCUCAGUUCAGUGAUUUUUUGGAUGGCAUGGGCCCAGCACAGUUUGUGGGUAGACAGACAUUGGCCACAACCUCAAUGGGUGAUGUAGAGAUAGGACUGAUGGAAAGGAAUGGACAGUUGGAGGUGGAAAUCAUUAAAGCUAGAGGACUCAUCAUGAAACCUGGCUCCAGAGGGCCUCCAGCGGCAUACAUAAAAGUGUAUCUUCUGGAGAAUGGUGUAUGCGUAGCCAAAAAGAAGACGAAGUCUGUUCGGAAGUCACUGGAUCCUCUUUACAACCAGGUCCUUGUAUUCUCUGAGAGACCACAGGGAAAGGUUGUUCAGAUCAUUGUUUGGGGAAACUAUGGCCGAAUGGAUCGUAAGUGCUUCAUGGGUGUGGCCCGUAUUUUAUUGGAGGAACUGGAUUUGACAAGCAUGGUGAUUGGCUGGUACAAGCUUUUUCCCACCUCCUCUAUGGUGGACCCCACUAUGGCACCACUCAUUCGCCACUCAUCACAGCUCUCACUGGAGAGCACAGUUGGACCAUGCUGUGAACGCUCAUAAGACAGAGAACAAUUUAUUUAUUUAUUUUUUCCUGUAAGGGCUCUCAAGGCCAUUGACCUUGGAGUGCUGCUUGUGCAUGACUGUAGCAGUCAUCUGGGGCCUACCAGAAUACUUCAGAAUCCUCUAGAACCACCCAGAAAUUUCAGAAAUUAAUCAUACCUGCAGAAGUGUUCUUUUUUUAAUUGCACUUGGCAGAUGAAAAAACCUAACCCAAGGACUGAUUGACAACGGGUUCAUAAUUCACAAUAAUUUAAUUGGAUUUACUUUGUCUGCUCUUCAUCAAAGACCUCUCAGUCUUACCGAACAUGAGUAUGGCAUUGCUUGAGAGGAUAUACAUGAUUUAUCUUGGCUUACUAUUGUUAUUAAAAAUCAAAAUGUUGCAUCAUUUUUGUUGAAUACAGCAAUACACCAUUUUGUAUAAUAACAGUUUGUGUUUAAAAAGCAGAAGAACCUAGUGGAUACUAACAUAUGUAUGUCACAGAAAUAACACUUUAGAGUUAGAGUUAUAUGGAUUAGAUAUAAAAUGCUUGUCAUUUGUACUUGGCUCACUCAUUCACUUGCUUUUUUCCCCUUCUUGUUUUAACUGUGCUGUUCCUUUAAACAUCUUUACCUGUAGGUCAUAAUUUACUCACAAAUCAGAGGCUAACUGAUUUAUCAGGCACACACAGGAUUUAAAAGGGACAUAACUUUAGUUGUUAUUGUGACCAGUAAUAUAAAUAACAUAUAUUCUAGUUGAGGAAUAUUGGGUUGCUGAGAUCUUUCACUAGCAAAUACUAUGAAAAAAUAAAUUAUAUCUUUAUUCUAGGUGUAAGAGUUAAAAAAAAUAGCAUUAGAAUUCCAGAAAAGAGUGUUCCUGGAACAAAUGUAAGUAAAUAUCUUUCACUGCAACGGUCUAGUUGUGCACUUUAUAUGGAUUUAUUUUUUUCAGAACUGCUUGUCAAGUGUGAGUGGGCCAAUUAAGAUUAUUAUUAUUAUUAUUAUUAUUAUUAUUAUUAUUAUUAUUAUUAUUAUUAUUAUUAUUAUUAUUAUUAUUAGAAACCUUUAAUGUUGCAAAUACAGAACCUUCAGUAGCAAUGUUAUAGCAUUAUAUGGUAGCAUAGGCAUAAAAGGAUUUCUGGCUUAUCUGAAUAUAAGGUCUAGAGCAAGUCUCAGUACUAGCUGAGUAUGUAGCAGUUGAGCUAUAUAAAUUAAAUAUGAAUAUUUUAUUGCAUUGCAUUAGUUUUUUAAUUAUUUGCAGUAGUAAUUAUUCAAGGUGGCAAAAUAUAUUAUUGAAAAGAGAGAAGUAAAGAAAGAAGUUUCAAUUUCUUGGAGUAAUCAAGCCAUUACAAGUUCAAUUAAUAUGCUAAUUUAAUUUCUAAGUUGGGGUACACACACACACAUAUACACACACAUCUGAAGCGAUAAGAAGCAUAUACAUUGAAAUAAGUAUUCAACACAUCAACAUUUUUUGAGUUCUAAUAAAUUAAUUCACUUGACAUUUUGACGAGACAUUGGAAUUAACUCCAAGAAAUCUAAACAGAUAAAGAAACCAUAAUAUUACAAUCCAUGAAAUGUUAUUUUUAAUAAAAUGGAAUGACACAGGAAAAAGUAUUGAAUACGCUAAGUCCAAUUGUAUUUAAUACUUGGUGGAAAGCCUUUGUUUGUACAGAUAGCUUCAAGAAUCUUCCUGUGUAAACAAAACUUAUCAUUUACAGGUGUGCCUGUUACCACCAAGUCUUUCUGUAGCUCUUUAUGAAUGCUCCCUGGCCCUUGGCUUCUGACUAACUUCUGACUAACCUUCUCACUCCCUGAUCAGAAAUCUUGUGAGGAAUUACUGUGUGCCAGUUGAUGGUUGAAUGAUGUUCAUUCCACUUGUGGAUAAUGGCCACAAUGGUGUUUACAGGAACAUUUAGAUGUGAAAUCUGUCACUAAUUAGUACUGAGGUUAUGUAGUGCAACAACAAUCUUGUUGUGAAGAUCUUGAGAGAGCUCUUUGCUUCUACCCAUCAUGAGAUGUUUGUAUCAGAGGUUGGUAAGCCUUCUUGUAAACCUUCAGCAUGCAUUAAUCCAGCUGAUUUUAAUUUGCACUAGUAGGAGGUAAAACUACUUAUUUAAAUCACCUGCUGCCUUUUAAGGGAUUGUAAUAUUAUGAUUACUUUAUCUGUGUAGAUUGCUUGAGUUAAUACCAUUGUCUGGUCAAAAUUUUAUGUGAAUUGCUGAAUUGGAACUGUGUUUAAUAAACAAAUGUUGACCUGUUGAAUACUUACAUUCAACUGUUUGCAUAAGUGUGCACACCCUUUUAUAAAUAGAGAUGUAGCUGUUGUCAGAAUAAAUUAAUAACAUUCCAUCUCAUGUGCAAAAGUAAUUUUCAUAUAGCUGUCAUCAUUAAAAUGAUUGUGACUAAAUAAAUAAUUAAAGAUCAGCUGUCUCUGCAGGAGUUUCUUCACAUCUUCUUGGUUUCCUCAAACUGCUGAAGCCUGACAUCUCACUUGUUGGAAAGUAUAGAUCAUUAGAGGGGUAUAAAAGAAAUGAUAUGUCCCAUGAACACCUUAAAGGCCAUUAUCAACAAACAGAGUGAAUGGAGCACCAAACUGACAUCAUCAAGAACAGAAUUCACACCCCUCCAAAAUUUAUAAAAGGACAAUAUUCCUGCAUAUUUUUCAGGUGCACAUUCGUGCCACUCAAGAACAUUGAACUUAUUAACCGGUUUGAGAUGACUUGCUUUGUGACAUGGUGCAUUUUUCAUGUUGGAAGUAUUAGCAGGGUGUGUGGCUUGGGAAAACUCUCUGCCAAUUCAGUUUACAUAUGGUGCCAAGUGUGGCUGGUGGAUGGCACAUUGUUGAAACCAUGGGAGACUGCCAAGAGAUCUACAAUAACAUUAAAGGAGCUGCAGGAAUAUCUGACAAGCACAGAUUAAUGAAAAUCUCUUAUAUUCUACACUUGCAUGACCAUGCAAGUGAAGAAUAUAAAAGAUUUUCAAAUGCUGAGAUUAUCUCUCUCUCUCUCUCUCUCUCUAAAUCAUUAUUUCUAACUCUGACAUGACAACAUGUCCUGUUAUUUUACUAUAUUUUCUAUUUAGACUAAUUUUGUGUGUGUCUCCAUGCUUACAUUUUUGAGAGAUCCCAAACUUUUGAGCGGUCGUAUAUAUAUAUAUAUAUACAAUAUAUAUAUACACAAUAUAUAUAUAUAUAUAUAUAUACACAAGGCAGAGUGAGUUCAUGCUGUUGGCACCAAAUUCUGACCCUACCAUCUGUAUGCAUCUCAGAAAUUGAGAUUAGGCCAGUGUUAAACUGUCCAGUUGUGGUGAACCUGCUUCCAGCUGGAACCUGAUGUGAUUUUCUGCUUUUGUAGCCCAUCCACCUCAAAGAUUUACAUGUUGUGCAUUUUGAGAUGCUUUUCUGCUCACUGCCAUUGUACAGAGUGGUUAUGUGAGUUACUGUAGCCUUUCUGUGAGCUUUAACUAACAUUUUAACUAACAUAAAGCUUUAACUAACAUUUUUACAUUGACCUCUCUCAUCAACAAGGCUUUUCCAUUCACAGAACUGCUUAGUGGAUGUUUUUUCUAUAUAGUACGAUUCUGACUGAAACUCUAGAGACUGUUGAACAGGACAUCCCUCCAAAGUUUAUUAAGGAACAAAAACACAUACUAGGGAGGCUGCUAAGUCACCUACAGCAGCAUUAAUGGAGCUGUAGGAAUAUAUAUUUUAUAUUCUUCGUGUUCUGGCUAUGGGGUAGGGUAGCUUGAUGGAAGCCCUUUCUCACAAAAAGUCAAGGAAAUCAAGGAAAAGGAAUUUGUGUGUGAAAAUUCCAGAAAAGUAUCAGUUAUAAAGAUUUUCAAACCAGCCUGCCCCAUGUACACAAUAGUAUACAUUUUAAAACUAAUCAAAUUCAAUAUAUGUAGUACAACAAUCUUUUAAAUUAUAGUAUCAGGAACAAUUUGUUCAGUUUUAUAAGGAAAUUGUCUAGAAGAUUAAUUUAUACUUUCUCACCUGCUUCUUUAUUUGUAUGUAAAGCCCAGAUGCAUUUAUUACGUUUUUAUGAGUUUAAAUUAAUUGUGCUAUUGUAUCAUAUGUGCUAUUGCUAUCUCUCUUCUUCCUGAUAUUCAUACAAGUUGUCUGCAAUUUGCGGCUGUGAGAGCAUGCUGGUUUGGAAAUCAAUAAGCACAGUGCACAACUGACUACAUACAAAUCAAAUAAAUCUGCAGAGAGGGUAAUCAUAUCACAUAAUUAGUUCAGAGUUCUAAUCUGUUAUGAAUGUAAUUGUAUUCUCAUGUUAACAAAUAUUAGCAUAUGUGUGUCUCAUUUUAGAAUUAUGUACAUUUGUCAUUUACAUGUGGCAAAUGAGCAAAGGUAAAAUUAGAUUCACCAUGCUGGCUGAGAUUGAGAUCUAAUAUAGCAACUAUUUUGUAUGAAAAUUAAACUGAACAUGUAUUUAGCAUUAUUACUAACCAUCUGAAAGUUUUGAAAUAAAUUGGAAUGCAUAAUUUAUUGCCUUUUGCCAAAUAACUUCAGUUCUCAUUUUUUAUGGACCAGUGUUAUGGCAUUGUAUGUGUUAUGUUUUAUGUUUAUGUUUUAUUGUAAUUAUAAAUUAGAACUUUUUUGAAAGUAUUAAUUUGAAAGUAUAAAUUUGAACUACAAAUGAAUGUAUCUUUGGAAUGCAAACAUGUUCACAUUCUUUCAAUUAUUUUUUAAUUAUAACACCUUAAAGUAAACAUUUGAUGAUUUUCAUAAUCAUUUUCUUAUAAAGAAAAGAUUUUGUUAUAUAUUAUUUAUUUAUAAACAUAUCAUUUAAUAUACCUGAGACUGAUGGGUUGGGGUGUCAACCCAUGAUGCUGUGAUGUUUAUUUUAUGUACAGACAUUUCCUUAUGUUCAUUCAUGUAUUUGAUGA